AUGACUUCAAAACUAGUACCUUCCGACCCAGCCAGUGUUAUGGUGAUUCGAGAUGUGGUCCCGCGCAUAGUGACUACGCUCUCAGUACCGUUUUGGAGAUUUGGUCGCGUUAAGAUCGGCGGAAGAGGAACCAUCGUGCGCCUUGAAUCCGGCGCUCUUGCUGUCUUCUCGCCUGUCGCCUUGACCGAAGAUGUCAAGCGCAAAGUGUCUGAGAUGGGCGAAGUCAAAUACAUCGCAGCCCUAGACAACGAGCACCACAUUUUCCUCGGCCCCUGGCACACGGAAUACCCCAAUGCGCAAGUCAUGGGCCCGGAGAUGCUGCCAGAAAAGCGCGCAAAGCAAAACAACGAAAACGUACCUUUCAGUGUCCUCUUUAGCGCCUCGAAGCCUGUGACUUCCAUCUCACCCGAAUUCGACGCAGAGUUCGACUGGGAGUAUGUCCCCUCGCACGUCAACAAGGAACUGGUGUUCCACCACCGCCCUACGCGCAGUCUCAUCCUCGCAGAUCUCAUGUUCAAUCUGCCAGCGACGGAGCAAUUCAGCAAGUCGGGCGUCGACCCAAACACAGGAAUCCUGAGCAAGAUCUUCAAUGCGCUGCAGAACACGAAGGGUGAUGCGAAGUGGCAGCAGCGCACCAUCUGGUAUGGAACUAGCGCAAAGGAUCGAAGCGGUUUCUCGAAGAGUAUGGAGAAGAUUGACAAGUGGGGAUUCGAAAGGAUCAUUCCGUGCCAUGGAGAUGUGAUUGAAGGUGAGGGCAAAGGUAUCUUUGAGAAGGUUAUGAGGUGGCAUCUGGAUGCUGCGAAGGGGCAGGCCAAGACUUCUUGA